UAACUAAAUACCUCUGAGGGCUCUGAGAAAUCUGAUAAAGAUGUAACGUGACAAACUAAGUUUCUUUUUUUAACUUUCUAAAUAAAUACUUUUAAAACCAGGGAUGCUAAGCGGCGGACGGGCGAGGGUGCCAAAAUGUGCCCGGUGCCGCAACCACGGGCUCAUCUCCAGCCUUCGUGGACACAAAAAGGCUUGCCGCUACCGCACCUGCCAGUGCCCGAAAUGUGGACUCAUCAAGGAGCGACAGCGAAUAAUGGCGGCUCAGGUAAUUUUCCGCUACGGAUAAAUAUAAAUUAAGCCUUCGUGGACACAAGAAGGCUUGCCGCUACCGCACCUGCCAGUGCCCGAAGUGCGGACUCAUCAAGGAGUGGCAGCGUAUCAUGGCGGCUCAGGUAGCCUUAAAAAGGCAGCAGGCCGCGGAAGACAAAAUAGCCCUGCACCUGGCUUCUGUUGAAAGCGGGACUGCGCUGGAGGCGCUGCCUCCCGGUCGUAUAUACGGCAUGAGGGUCACCGGGCCGUGUCCGAGCCCCAACCAGCCCGACUCCGCGGCCGAUGACCACACGCCUAUCCAUAUUGACAGCGAGACGAGCGAUUCUCUACCAGACUGCUGUGCUGCUUCUCCGGAUUCCGGUGGCAACACAUCAACUUCUCCGAGGCCACGUGUCAGUGGCAGCGAAGAAGCCGAAGCAGAGGCGUCCGUGAGCUCAGCAGGUCUCGAGAUGCUGAGCAAGUUGUUCCCGGGCAAGAAGCGCUCCGUGUUAGAGCUGGUGCUGCGUCGGUGCAACCACGAUUUGCUGCGUGCGGUUGAGCAUUGCAAUGUUCAACAUGCCCAAAACGACAAAACACUACUGGCAAGCGCCGGAGCGAGCACCAGCUACGAUUCCGUAUCGAGUUCCGAAGAGCGCUGGUCAGCAUUCCGCCCGGUCGGACCCCGGCCAUUGCUGCAGCAACUACCCGCGUUAGUCAUGGGCCGGGUGUGCGGCUCCGAUUGGUUGGUACCCCUGCCUGCGUUGCCGGCACUGUCUGGACCCCUGUUGUUACCUCUGCAGCAUCAGCCACCGGUUUGCAACCCCUGCGCGCCUGACUGUAGGCAAUGUAAUCGACAUUAA